AAGAAUAGAUCGGAAGGAAACUCCUGCUCUCGACCAUAAUUAACCCCCGAAACUCCUACUCCUCCACCUGACACUCUUCACUUUUGAAAACCCCAACGCGUCCCUAAAGGAGUUCUUUUUCUCUUCGGUUUAGAGAGAGAGAGAGAGAGAGAGGAGUUUUUCUUCUUCCUCCGAUGGCGUGCAUAAAGGGGGUAAGCAGAUCGGCAUCGGUCGCACUCGCGCCGGACGCGCCGUACAUGGCCGCGGGGACGAUGGCCGGGGCUGUGGAUCUGUCCUUUAGUUCAUCUGCCAACCUCGAGAUCUUCAAACUCGACUUUCAGUCAGACGAUCUUGAACUCCCUAUUGUCGGAGAGUCUCCGAGUUCAGAGCGUUUCAAUCGCCUUGCCUGGGGAAGAAAUGGAUCCGGCUCCGACGAUUUCUCCCUUGGCCUCAUUGCUGGCGGCCUUGUCGAUGGUAACAUCGAUAUGUGGAACCCUCUCGCUCUGAUCCGUUCUCAAGCAAGUGAAAAUGCUCUUGUUGGACACCUUUCGAGGCAUAAAGGCCCUGUUCGUGGUCUUGAAUUUAAUACCAUAGCACCAAAUUUACUUGCAUCUGGGGCUGAUGAUGGUGAAAUCUGCAUUUGGGAUUUGGCAAAACCUUCAGAACCUUCUCAUUUUCCACCACUAAAGGGUAGUGGUUCUGCUUCCCAAGGUGAAAUUUCUUUUCUCUCUUGGAAUAGCAAGGUUCAGCAUAUAUUGGCAUCAACUUCCUAUAAUGGAACAACUGUGGUGUGGGACUUGAAGAAGCAAAAGCCAGUCAUAAGUUUUGCAGAUUCAGUCAGAAGGCGAUGCUCUGUUUUGCAGUGGAAUCCUGAUGUUGCCACUCAACUAAUUGUUGCAUCAGAUGAAGAUAGUUCUCCUUCUCUAAGGCUUUGGGAUAUGAGGAAUGUGAUUUCCCCAGUUAAGGAGUUUGUCGGCCACACUAGAGGUGUGAUUGCAAUGUCAUGGUGUCCCAAUGACAGCUCUUAUCUGCUUACCUGUGCCAAAGAUAAUCGGACAAUAUGCUGGGACACGGUUACUGGAGAGAUUGUUUGUGAAUUACCAGCUGGUACGAACUGGAAUUUUGAUGUGCACUGGUACUCAAAGAUACCUGGGGUCAUAUCAGCAUCUUCAUUUGAUGGGAAAAUUGGCAUUUACAACAUUGAGGGUUGCAGCAGGUAUGGUGUUGGGGAGAACUAUUCUAAUGCAGCACCUCUCAGAGCCCCAAAAUGGUAUAAGCGUACAGUUGGUGCUUCUUUUGGCUUUGGAGGGAAGCUUGUUUCCUUUCAGCCCAGGUCAUCUGGAGCAGGUGCUUCUGGUGGUGCUUCAGAGGUAAGUAUUGCCCAUGUUGGUGGCGCUUCAUUAUGGGAGAGUACACGUGAUCAAUAUCUGAAGAUGAGUCGUUCACCUUACUUGAAGGUUGUUUCUGCAAUGGUGAAGAAUGAUCUGAUGAGCCUUGUUAAUACAAGGCCUCUGAAACUCUGGAAAGAAACACUUGCUCUUCUAUGUACGUUUGCACAGAGAGAAUAAUGGACAAUUCUCUGUGACACACUGGCUGCAAAGUUGAUGGCUGCUAAUAAUACUCUGGCAGCAACGCUUUGUUAUAUAUGUGCUGGAAAUAUUGAUAAAACAGUGGAAAUUUGGUCACGGACCCUUGCAACCGAACACGAACGCAAGUCUUACGCAAGAAUCCAACCGUGUCCAAUUUGUUAGGAUUUGAUGGAGAAGACUAUUGUUCUUGCUUUGGCAACCGGUCAGAAAAAAUUCAGUGCAUCUUUAUGCAAACUUGUUGAGAAAUAUGCUGAAAUUUUGGCCAGUCAGGGUCUUUUAACAACUGCAAUGGAGUAUUUGAAACUUUUGGGGUCUGAUGAAUUGUCACCUGAACUUGUGAUCUUAAGGGAUCGAAUUGCUCUCUCUACAGAACCUGAAAAAGAAACUAAUACUGUGGCUUUUGACAAUUCUCAAUCACAAAGCUCUCAGAUAUAUUAUCAGGAGUCAGCAUCAUCACAGUUGCCACAGAGUGUUCCUGGUAGUCCAUAUGAGGAUAACUAUCAGCAACCUUUUAAUUCAACCUAUGCAGGUGGGUAUACUCCUCCGACAUCAUAUCUGACUCAACAGCCACGUACCAUGUUUAUACCCCCCCAGCCUCAGCCGGUUCCUCAGGCAAAUUUUGUCCCUGCUCCUGCUCCUGCUCCUGCUCCAGCUCCUGCUCCUGUUAGCACUCAGUCAACCAUGAGAACAACCUUUGUUCCUUCAACUCCCCCGGGGCUGAGAAAUGCUGAUCAGUAUCAGCAGCCGACUUUGGGUUCUCAGUUAUAUCCUGGAACUGCCAAACCUACCUAUCCUGUACCGCCUGCACCUGGUUCCCUAGGACCUGUUCCUUCUCAAAUCGGCCAAGUUCCUGGUCCUAAAAUGCCACAGGUUGUUGCUCCCAGUCCCACACCUGUUGGGUUUAUGCCAAUGUCUAGUGCAGGGGUUGUUCCAAGACCUGGAUUGGGUCCAAUGCCAUCAAUGCAACCAACUAGUCCAACUCAGCCAGCAUCUGUGCAACAAAAUAUUGUGCCUGCAGCUCCACCUCCGACAGUGCAGACUGCUGACACUUCAAAUGUUCCGGUCCACCAAAAGCCUGUCAUUGCAACAUUGACAAGACUUUUCAAUGAAACAUCGGAAGCACUUGGAGGCUCCCGUGCAAAUCCGGCAAAAAAGCGUGAAAUAGAAGACAAUUCAAAGAAAAUAGGUGCCUUGUUUGUCAAACUCAACAGUGGGGACAUUUCUAAAAAUGCAGCUGAUAAGCUUGCCAAGCUUUGUCAAGCUCUGGACAAUAAUGAUUUCAGUACUGCCCUACAAAUACAGGUGCUUCUUACUACCAGUGAGUGGGAUGAAUGCAACUUCUGGCUAGCAACCUUAAAGCGAAUGAUCAAGACAAGACAGAAUGUGAGGUGAAAUAUAAAAAAUAUCGAGUGUCAAAAUCUCAUUUUUGGUGUUAAUUUCACCUGUGCAGUAAGUCAUCUGGGGAUGGUGAUCGAUUUGCACCUUUGGCAUACGCUAGAAUGACUCCUCUUGAUUGCAAAAUUUAGAAAUCUUAGCCUUUUAUCUUCACUUCAUACUCUUCUACAUGAUUUUGGUUUGGCAUUAAAUUGAAUUUUUCUCAGAGGCAGUUAGUAAAGAUAGUCUGCAAGACAGUAAGGGGAUUCAGUUUUGAGUCAUCUUUUUUUUUUUUUUCAUGAGUUUGGUAUCUUUUUCUGCAUGACCCUUGAUGUAUAAUCCAGGUUUCUGAUAAGAUAUCUCAAUAACUUAAAAAUUUAGA